AAUCGUAUCACCGAGACGUAUUUUAUUGUAUUAAAAUACCAUAUGUAUUAAAAUGAUAUGUACGACUACAAUAAAUCAUUAGGCACAUUUAACUCCAUAAUAUUCGCUCCGAUGUUGAUUUUGGUCGCCACAUACGACUGUUGUACAUUGUUACUAUCGUGUCUUGUAUCGGGUUUUCAUUGGUCUGCAUAUACAAAUAGUUAAUGUAUUACAAUAUUAUGAUCUCAGUACCUUUAUUGUACCGAGAAACUAAUGUGUAUGUACUAAUACACGCCUGCACGCAAUGCACAUUUAAAUACUUUACAUUCUAAGUAUAUCGUCUUGUCUAAAUGUCGUAUAACGUGUUGGGAAGCCUAAGCACUGCACGGGAAUGAAAUCCCUGUACGGUUCAAUUGGAUACUAUGUACAAUAAUUAUUAUGUGUUUCGAAACGAUAUCAUACAACUCGAACUUGCUCACUAGCUCGUAGACGCAUUUAAUAUCGUCAGGCCAGGAAAGCGUCCGUAUGGUAAAAAUAUAUAUAUAUAAGGUCUGGCGGGCGCUUAUCGCGAUAUCGAAGCUAAUAACCGUUUCCGAAAAAAAUACGAUCGCGGUCGUAUUAUUAUUACACGCAUCGCUUCUUGGUAUUAUACAUCGCGAUCUCCCGAAAAACAGCCGUUUCGUAUUUUCGACUCGGAGGGCCCCUUACCAUAAUAAUGCGUUUUCGUCGGACCACGGACGACAUACAGAUCGGUUCAUAUACCGCGGUUAGACGACGACAGCGGUGCAAUGUACACACACGGACCGCGUUCGUGGCGUACCGCCGGGGCUCGGUCGCGGCCGUCAUCGCCCGUCACGGCCGAGCGGGACGGGACAAGCUCGUCGUCGUCGUCGACGACGCCUAAGUCCAGCCAGUUUGCGCGCUCGCAUCUCGUUGUCUUGGACGCGCACCGUGUCGUCGAGCCCGCAACGCCGCCGCGACGUAUUCGGUCCGUUUUUCCGUUUCGUCCGAAAAAAAACAUUAAUUUUAUUUUUCGUUCCGUCGAAAUCCAUGCCAGCCGCAACCGCGUCGUGUACAGCGACGUUAUUUUUCGUAGUAACAUAAUUUAUUUUUUUUAUUAAUUUUCACACCUCUCUCUAUCCCUGCCUCCCCCUGACCAUACCCAACAAAACGUUUUCAGUUUAACUAUUAUUAGGGGAAAAAAAAUAACGAAGUCUCCUAAAAUGUUUGCCGCACAAUUAUUGUUCACGCCGGCACACGUGCCGCCGCUGCAACUUUCGUACCGACAUCUCUAGGGUUUGAUUCCGAAGUGAUGUGUACAAAGUUUCGGUGAAUAAAAUACAAUGUAUAUUCGAUCGAAAGGAUCGAAAAUGUGGGAUUGGCGGUCUUGAGAAGAACCGAGAUUUUCAUAUUCGCGGCCAAAAUAUGAUGUUUGGGAGCAAAAAGAAAGAAGAAGAUAUUGAUGAGUUCAAUAUACACGUAUCGAGGUACAGACCAGAAGAGUUAACAAAGCUCACAAAAAUCACCAAGUUCAAUAAAAAAGAGAUUCAACUGAUUUAUAGAGGUUUUAAACAGGAGUGCCCUACUGGUAUGGUAGAUGAAGAUUCGUUCAAACACAUAUUCUCACAGUUCUUUCCCCAAGGUGAUGCCUCACAAUAUGCCCAAUAUGUGUUCAAUACAAUCAAGAGAAAUCAAACUGGAAAAAUUAGCUUCGAAGAUUUUUUGGCCAUAUUGUCCAAAGUUUCUCGAGGAAGUGUUCAAGAGAAACUUCAUUGGAUAUUUGGAUUGUAUGAUCUCAAUAAAGACGGAGUUAUAACAAAAAAAGAAAUGCAAGACGUAGUACAUUCCAUUUAUAGCAUGCUAGGGAGACAUACUGACCCACAAGUAGAUGAUCAAUCUGCAAAAGACCAUGUUGACCGAAUAUUUCAUUUAAUUGACAAAAACAAUGACGGUAACGUGACCUUAGAUGAGUUGAUCGAAUGGUGCAGCCGGGACGAGGGAAUACUCCAGUCACUGGACACGUUGGACACUGUUUUGUGAAACGAGCCACGCUCGCCCGAAGUGCGCGUGGGCACGAGAGACCGGGCGAGCCUGUUCAAUUGGUAGACAGCCGAAAUAAACUUAUGUGGUGACGAGAAAGAACUAAAUUUAAAAAACAAAAAACAAUACACAAUGACAUAAAAUCAAACAACUCUGCUAGACGGCCGCAGUGACCACCUACCCUUUUUGGCUAUAGGAGAAUGUCAGCGUAACUUAUUAAUACAUUCUUAUCUCUAUGUGUCGGUGUCACUAUACUCACGAUUGCUCAUUAUAAUAUCUUACAAUUAAAAUAUAGGUAAAAUACCCAAUAAAUGAGGGGAAGGGGCACUAUCGCAAUAUUUAUCUCUAUAAUAGUACCUAAAUACCACCCGCCUUCUUGGUGCACUUAUUUAAUUGGUUGUAAAACCUUAUAAUAUUGUGUGUGAACUGCUUGGGAAGAUCGGUUUUGUUAUUGUUUUGUAAGUGGCAGACGCAGACAACAGAAUAUAACGUUAUACGCUGACAUAAUUUUAACAACGAUUGCUGUACGACCGUCGAUCGGAUAUAAUAUUAUGUACGCGAACCGGAAACAAUCGCAUCGUUAUAAUAAACAAUAAUAUUGUACUAUAUUACUAUACUAUCCACCGCCGGAAACGCGUCUAUCUGUAUACUCCAUACCGUACGUCCGUACCUAACCAUAUUGGUCUACCAUUUUUGUUACCUAUAUAGUUUUUUUGUGCCUAAAUACAACACGUAAUUUUAUAAGACCUAUAAUAAUUGGCUUAAAACAAAAUAUUAUUAUGUAUUUUUAUCGAUUUAUUGACGUUAAUAGAGUUUGCUGGAAUAAUUUUUAUUACAUGAGAUAAAAAAAAAAUUUUCAAUAUAUUUCUUUCACAGUAAUAAUGUAGUCAUACAAUAUGAUAUUUAUAUCGUCAUUGUGAAGUUACUAAUACUUAAUAUUAUAAUAAUUCUGUUUGCUACAGGGUAAUCUAAAAAGUGUGUCCAAUUGUUCUUCCUAUUGGAUACUUCAAUGUUUUCACGUUAUAAAUAAUUAUAAUAUAUUAUAAUCAAACAAAUGUUAAUAUAGUAACUCUUUAACCUAAGUUCAACUUAUUUAUUUGUUUCUAUUGUAUUUAUUGGUAUUGUGUUAUUAUUAUUGUUAUAUCCCCUGACAAUACUAAUAAUUGUAAGAUAAUAGUACUUUUUUUUUUUUAACCGUCGAAUAUUAAAUAUGUCUAAUAGGUUCUAAGAUAGUAAAUAACUAAUAAGCUAAUAAUUCAUACUUCAAAUGGCCUACAUUGAUAGGUUUUAAUUGUUUCAGUUAUUCAGUGUUCUUCUCGUUCAUAAUUACUUGAUACUUCUUCUUUGAUAUGUUUGAAAAUUUGUACUUCAAGUUGUGAAUAUCAAAAAAAUGUACUGUCAUACUUGAUAUUUUUGAUAGAUAAUUUACCCUAUACCUACCUGUAGUGUAUAGGUACAAUAUAAUAAUUAUUAUUCAUGCAUUAAUUCAUCAAUCAAUAAAAAGAAAAUAUAUACAAUUUUAUAUAUUUUGUUAUUGUUAAUAGGGAUAUGAAACACAUAUCAAAAAUAUAACUCAGGUAAUGUGUAUCUUCAAUAGGUAAAUCCAAAUUAUACAAUAAAAUUAGGUUUGCGAUUAUUGGUUUUAUUACAAUGUAUUUAUUUCAUAACAAAUCAUAAAAUGUAAAACACUACACUUUGAAUAAAUAAAAUUGUAUUAUUUUCUUUCAACAGUCAAUGUAUGUAAUGUUGAUAUUAUAUUCACAAAAUAUCUAUACCUAUCAAAAUUCUUAUCGAAACCGAGCAAAAUUAAAUACAAAAACUAACAAUAAACUUAAUUUAAAUUACGAAUGAUUAUGGUAAUUAAUGUCCGUUAGGUUUGUGUUCAUACGAAUUAAUGUAAAGUUAAAGAAAAAUAUUUAAUGUCAAACUUAAUUUAUUGUUUACCUCGCCCAAUCCCUAUAUAUAACUAAAUGUCUAAAUGUCUAAGUAAUAAUGAGAUAUUAAAAUGACAUUGUGUUCAUAUAAAUAUAUAUGUAAUUAAAAAUUUCAAACGUAAAAUUUAAUACCUAUUUUAAAUUAUUAAAUACAAUAUUACGUUCUAAAAAGUCUUUUGAGGAAUGAACAUAUUAUUAUUUUUAUUGGAAUUCGUAAAAUGUUCACGUAGACUACAACUUACUGUUGCUUGUUGGAACUCUGUAUUUUACUCAAUGAAAAUAAGUUGUGCUUAAAUUGAUAGGUACCAAAUCGUCCAGUCACCUUUUAUAUUUUAUUUAUACUACCUAUACGUAUUUUAAUUUAGCCCUUGAUAUAUUAUUUAUGUAUUAUGUAUAAUAUAUUUAUUCAGUAAAUUUAAACACAACUUAUUUUUAUCGAUAUUUAUUUUGAUUUUUAAAUUUAAUAUUAUAUGAAUUUAUUGUAUUAUUAUUAUUAUUAUUAUUAUUAUUAUUAUUAUUAUUAUUAUUAUUAUUAUUAUUAUAAAUGCAUAUUAUUGUACCUAUGCCUUUUGAAUAUGUGAUGUACUAUUAUAUUAUUUCAAUGGAAUUCAUUGUAAUUUAUUGUAAAUAAAAAUUCUUCCAUUACAAUUGGUACUUUUGAUAACAA